AUGAAAGGUUACAUCGCACUACUUGCACUUUCUGCCAUCGGAGCAUAUGCCCAUGGCGAAGAAGCGAGCACAGAGAUGGGCCCUGCUGCCUUUAUGUGGCCACCCGAUCGUCUCUGGGGAGCAGCAUAUGACAACAACGCACCUUGUGGCUCAUCAACCGGGGCCGUGAACCGAACAGACUUUCCACUGAUCAACGGCAAGCUUGCGCUUGUAAUUCAAGACGAGUCAUGGAACGUACAAGUUGCGGUUUCUCACAAAACCAACCCAACUACCAAUGACGAUUUCGAGGCCUUCGUGGACGGCUCGAGUCUUUCCGACGUCGAGCCAGGGCACGAAUGCUACUCCGUCCCCAACCCAUCUUCUGACAUAGAAGCUGGAAUGAACGCCACUUUCCAGAUUAAAUAUACAUCGGAUUUUGACACCGACAAAAACGAAACGUACUACGCGUGCGCAGACGUCACUUACAUCCCGGCGAGCAAAUUCACUUACCAAGUCCCUUGUUUCAAUGUGACAUCGGAUGAGUUCACUGAGGUAACUACAACAGCCGCCGCUGGAUCUACUGCUACUUCAAAGUCGGAUACAACAAAGAACACGGGAACCACGAGCACCACGAGCGAAAAGGACUCUGGUCUUUCAGGUGGCGCUAUUGCGGGUAUUGUGAUUGGAUCAGUGGCUGGAUUGGCUAUCGGAGUGGCAUUAUUGUUCUUUUAUAGGAGACUUCUGCAGAAGUAUCGCUUCUUCCGGCAGCGGGCAUCCACCCGGAAUGUGAAUUGGAAUGAGGAGGCGGCUCAACAUAAAGUCGAGGAUGAGACUCCUAUUGGGCUUCGCAAGAUAAGGUGA